AGAAAGUGCGUCUGCAGGUUCAUUUUUUCGACCAGGGCGGUAUUCGAUUUCAAAAUUGUAUAAAUCUAGUUCAGUUGCCCAUCGCAUGAUUUUUGAGUGAGUGUCUGUGUGAACCUUAGUGAACAUUGAUGUUAAAUUCUUAUGAUCAGUAAGAAUUUGAAAUGGUUUGUCAGUACCUGCCAAAAAAUGAUACCAUUUACGUAAAGUUGCUAUAAUUGCAUAUGCUUCUUUUACCCAUGUUGGCCAAAUUCGUUGCCGAUCUGUAAAUGUCUCUGAAUGAAACGCGAUGGGAUGAUAAAUUUCGUCGUCUUGUUUUUGGGAGAGUAUGGCUCCUAUAGCAAAAUCAGAAGCAUCCGUUUCUAAUCUAGUUUCUCGAUGUGGCUCAUAAUGUCUGAGCAUAGAAACAUUUUCGAGCUCUUUCUUAACUUGUAAGAAUGCUUGUUGUUGACGAUCAGUCCAUUUAACUUUAGUGUUUUUCUUGGUUAGAUCAUAUAAAGGUCUCGCUAAUUUGGAUAAAUAAAUCGUCGGCUGUAAUUUACGAAUUCUAAAAAUGGUUGUAAUCUUCUAAGAGUAUUGGGUAUUGACCAAUUUGCGACUGCUUGAAUCCUCUCUGGAUCAAUUUCAAUACCUUUAUCGGAGAAUAUGUGGCCUAGAAACUUUACUUUGUUUGUGAAAAAAAUGACAUUUUUUCUCGGUUUGCGUAUAGGUUAGCUUUCUGCAAUCUUUCGAAAACCUGUUGCAAAUGCUUUUCAUGGUCCUUUUCUGAUGAUGAAAAUACGAGAAUAUCGUCUAAAUAAACGAUAACAAAUAUGCCAAUAAAAGGAAGUAACACUUUGUUAAUAUAUCUUUGAAAAUUCGCUGGCGCAUUUGUUAUUCCAAAUGGCAUAACUGUAUAUUCAAAUGAUCCGAAAGGUGUUCUAAAAGCAGUUUUAUACUCAUCUCCUUCCCUGAUCCUAAGUAAAUGAUAUGCGUCCUUCAAGUCUAAUGUUGAGAAAACUUUGGCUCCGUUUAACCAAUUUAUAAUUUCUUCGAAGUUAGGUAUCGGAUAUUUAUCUCUUUUUGUUAUCGCAUUUAAAGGCUUGUAAUUUACUAACAUUCUAUAUCUAUCUGUUCCCUUUUUUGGAACAAUCAAUGGCACACAUAAAAACUUUGAAGAGCUUCGACGAAUCCUGCCUUGUUUUAAUAAUUCGUCAGUCUUUUCCUUUAUGCAUUCUCUUUCCUUCUGUGUAUAAGGUCUUAAUUUUGGCGCAUACGUUGGUAAUUCUUCUGUUAAUUCUAUUUUCAAAUCACUCUCUGAGUGUUCAGGUAUUGGAGUCCUAGUAGGUUCCUCAAAAAUUUCUGAAAAAGGUUUCAUAAUUUUUUUAAUUUCCUCAUUAUUCUUAAAAUUCUCAUCGUGGCUUUCUUUUAUUUCAAUUUUGCUUAAACCUUCUAAUUUGUUCAUCUUUUCAAUUAAUGACCAACCGAUAAUGGCGUCUUCUUCAAUCCUUGGCGAUAUAGUUUAUGUUUCGUGGUAUUUUCUUCCUCGGAUUUCCACUGGUAAUGUUAACUUCCCAGUAACUUUUAGAAUGUGUUUAGUUAUUCCUACAAAUGUUCGGUCUUUAUCAAAUUCUUGUGUGAUUUGUUUUGGUCUGUAGUGCUGGACAACAAUCAUCUAGUCAUUCCAAUUUCUUGAAUUUUGGUUUAUCGUUCUCGCUUUUCUUAAAUUCGUCUUUACUAGGAAACCUUUUGUUUAAAGGUUUCGUAUUUGAAAAUGUUCGCCCAUUAUGUUUCUCAUAUCUUCGGAAAUUGCCGUAACGAAAUUUUUCUUUCGUGAUAUUUAUUGACUUGUCAUAAUCACCAGUUUCAUAAUUGUUUCUAAGAAGUUCUUUUCUUAUAGCAAAAGGAUGUACCAUGAAAAGAUGCAUUUUGAAUCUUGUUUCGUUAUCUAAUUCUUCGAACCAAUGUCUGUACUCUUGCGUAUUUACUUCAAGUUUCAAUGCUUGAUCCAUGACUGUAUGUAAUUGAGUCAACCAAGUCGAAAAUUGUUCUUUCGAAUAAACUUGAUUAUAAAUAUUUUUGAAUGUUCUAUGUGGUCCCGGUUUCUUAACGGAUUCUUUUAUCUUUUCCUUAAGAUUUUCAGGAGAUCUGUUAUAAAGAUAUCCUAUUUUCUCUCGAUCUGAAACGAAUACUAAUGGUAACAAUUCGAAAACAUUUUCUAAUUUCUUUAAAAAGACUUUUGUCGAUUCUUUCUCAGAGUCAUAUAAGUCGGGUUCUUUCUGAUUUAAUCGUGAAAUGUAUACGUGAGCGUUUUCUCCAUAAGCUCUGAUGGUCAUUCUGAUGAUGUCAGUGUAUUCGACGGAUAUGUAGUCUUCAUCAAUUUCCAUUUGGGACGUUAGUUCUUUCUUUUUCUCUUCCUUAAUAUCAAUCAUUCCUUGCGUCACUAGACUCAUUCUAGUCGUUAAUUCAUUGAUAUGCUCCUCGUAUUGUUGAAAAUAUUCGCUGAGAAUAUUUGGACUCAAUGCGUUCUGAGACAUUUUGGCUUAUUGAUUUGCGUAUUCGGAUCUAACGAUUCCACUUCGGUUAGGAAGAUAAUUAUUUGGAUACUGUCAUGGGAAAAUACUCCGUAUAGUUAUAAGAAUGUGAGUGGAAUACAAUUGUAAUUGCUUUAAAUGUCAAGUUGAUUACUCUAAAAUAAGUUACUAAAUAUCUGGAGUGAUAUAUCUUUAGUAACGUCCUGGUUAUACUAAUGAUUAUGUUACUUAGACACGUCUAUUAUCCUCUGCCAGCAAAAUCUUCCUAACUGAAGAAUUCGUCUGAGAAGAACGGGCGUUUAUAUAGUAACCUAAAACUGGGAAGUAAACAAACCAUAAACUUUAACUAAUCAGUGACGAUCGUUCAACCUAUCAAACUGUUUUGUUUGUUUGUUUAUUAACGUUGAUAGUUGUCUUGUUUAUAUUAUAAAUAUAACAAUACACUAUCAUAAGAGCAUAUUUCUAAGUAUUAGCAAAUGCAAUAAGACUAAAGGAUAAGGAUAAGAUAUUACAAAAGGUAAACAAAACAAAGAAAAUACGAUUUCAACAAAUCGGAAAGCCUUUCGGAACGGAAGUCUUAUAUACAGAGAAAGUUUGUUAUACAAAGAGAUAGAUUACUUUAGUUGUUUCAGCGAAGAUAUAUAAAGUAUGAAUCCACAGUCGAACUCUUCAGAUUGGAAAAUUCGACUGGUCUGGCUAAAUAAGAUCGUUUUCCUACUUUCAAUUUAGUUAACCAGAUCCCUGGACAUUACUACCAUCUAGAUACGUAGUACAACUAAGUCGAAUUAACGUAUACAAUUCUACAAUCGUAGAUAUUAAUUCCACUUGAUUUUUAUUCUCAUAGACCGUGAGAAUUAUUAACGUGACAAUAAAGCGCAGACAUCUACUAUUUAUUUUCAUCCGACUACAAAAUUCUGUUUAUCCUAAGCUUACAAGUUUUACCAACCUUUUUCUAGCAUAGUGACAAAUAAGUGGAUACUAAUUUAAGAUGGAUGCAAGAGUUUUUGUAAAUGAAUUCAAUAUUCCUCCGCCCACGACUGAAACAUCUGAGGAUGUUAUGAGGUUUUUAAAAGACUUUGAAAUUGCUACCAAGGGAAGGAGUAUUGAGAAUGAGGUUAAUGUUCGUCUCCAAAUGCAACAGAUUCUGAAUGUAGCUUCCCAAUUCAGACAAAGAGAGCGUACUCUUGAGGAUACACCUCCAAGAUGGUUUCAGAUGUGGGUGAAUGAUGAAAAUGGAUUUUCAGGACUAUUUAACAGAAUAGGUCGAAUGGAAGCAAGAAUUGACAGAAUAGCAAACGUUCAGCGAAGAUCCUUAGGGUUUCCUAUCGACGUUGUACCUUUUUUAAAUGGAGAGGAACCUACUGAAAAAUUACCUCAAAUUAGAUCAGUUGAAGAUAUCGAUCUGUUAACAAAAGAUCAGUGCACUUCUUAUUUAAACGGGUAUGGAAUAAGAUUUAACCCUAAUGAAACUAUUAAAUUGAAAGAAAGGCUCCGCGAUGUUGUCGGUUUAAUGAGUGCUUAUGAUUUAGCUUAUCAGUUUUCUGGAUUCCCUUAGGAUCUAUGAUUAUGAGUAUUGAAGAAUGACAUCCGUAGAAGUAUUGUUGUUUUGAGCAUACUGCUUUUGAAUGCCAAAUAUUUGCAUUUGUCGUGAGCCAAUGAUAUCGGCAUAUUCUGCACUUCACGAAGUUGAGCUAGUAGGAUUGCUCUGAAGCCCCAAUUAUUUACUCGUAGUCGUUC